AUGUUGCUGCUGAUAAUCUUCUAUGGUAAUGAAGCCACGCCCACAGCACAAGUGACUCCUGAAUAUUAUUGCAGAGCCCAGUGCACACUGGCGGAUCCAGAGAAGGUCUCCGGAGUGCUGAUUGAUGUGGCCAAGCACCUGGGCAAUCUUAAGUACAGAGUGUGGGAGAAGAUGCUGGGGACUGUUCAAUACAUCUUUGUGCAGAUCAGUGCUGACGUCUCAUUCUCUGUCCCUUCAGCUCCUGUGACUCUGGACCCAAACACAGCACAUCCCAAACUCCCACUGUCUGAGGAUCUGACCAGUGUGAAACUCAGUGGUGAGAGACAGCAGGUUCCUGAUAAUCCAGAGAGAUUUGAUGUGUGGCGGUGUGUGCUGGGCUCUGAGGGAUUCAGCUCAGGGAGACACUGCUGGGAUGUAGAAGUGGGGGGUGAGGCCUGGGUGGUGGGUGUGGCUAAAGAGUCCUUCAGCAGGAAAGGGUCUGUGUAUCCAAGCCCAGCAGGAGGAGUGUGGGGUAUAGGGCUGCGCAGUGGGAAAUACAGAGCCCUAACAUCCCCACCUACAGACCUCACUGUGCAGAGGGAACUCCAGAGGGUCAGAGUGCAGCUGGACUGGGACAGGGGGGAGGUGUCAUUCUCUGACCCCAGUGACAACACUCCUCUCUACACUUUUAAACACUCCUUCACUGAGAGAGUGUUUCCGUUCUUCUGGCCUGGUUCUCUGCAGAUCCGUCCACUGAAGGUGUCUGUAAGAGUGGAAUAGUGCUGUGGUUUGUGGGCAAGGAUCAGGUGAACAGGCUGCUUCUUUCACUGUGAUUAAUGAGAUAAAAAUAUCUAUUACGAUGUUUUCUUUAAUUAUUUAAAUGAUAUUAUAUUUAUAUAUUUAAUGAUCCAUGUUUGCAGCAGUUCAUGAUGAAUGUCCCUUUGUAACCUCAUGAUGUCAAUGUUGGAACUGGUUUGUGUGUAAUCAGUUGAAUUGUAAUAAAUGCACCAGUGGAAUCA